AUGGACGCGGAGUGCGCCGUGAGGGCGCCGCCUGGGCCUCCCAAGGCAGCACAGACAGCGAACAGCGCUGCUGCUUCUAGUUUCAGUAAUGUGGCUCUUGAGUCUAACGGGGCUGCUCCUACGUAUACAGAGGAGGCGGUAGUGGAGAUGGUGCGCCUCCUCAACUCCCCCUCCUUCGCCAAAGAAGGGGGGGCCGCGUCAACUGCCGCUGCAAACGAAUACCUCACCAAUUUCCAGAAAGAUCCAAGUGCCUGGGGCAUUUGCAUCUCUAUUCUAAACAGGCAGAGUCAUCGCCAACAGAGCCAACAGCAGCUGUUUCCAGCAGGACUUCACUCUUACGAGGUCCUUCACUUCGUCGCGCAGACCCUCGCUGCCCAGGCUCGGGCGGGUUUCCCUCAGCAGCUGUCCGCCCUCUUGAGGGUACAGGGGGCAUCAGUUGUUGCAGCUACUGGUGCGGGUGUUGACGCAGUGGGGGGCGCAUCUCAGGUGUAUGCGGAGCUACGGGACGGUCUGCUGCAACUCGUGUUUGCCUUCAGGGAUGCCCCGUUACCCGUACUACGUCAGCUGUGUAUUGCGCUCUCUUCCGCUCUCAUCUUUGGAGCCUCUGCCACUGAAGGGGCCCCCACAGGGGCCUCCGGUGGCUUAGGGGGGGGGCUUCAGUUGGGUGCUGUUUUGCAGACCCUAGGCCAGAAAGCAGGCAAAGAGGGCUUCUUGCCUCUGCUGGAAUUGCUCGUCUUACUCCCUGAGGAGUUGUGCACCAAGCGGAUUGCUCUUCCGGAGGACCGGCGACUGCCUUGUCUUGCAAGCUGCAUCAGCAACAAUUCCAUACAAGUACUGGAGGCCGUAGAGGCGAUAUUUUUGCAGGCACAGACAGCUCUUGCUGGGGCGGGGCCCCAAGAAAGGCCCCACUGGCGAGCGGUUGUGCAUGCAGCUGUACGGACAGUGCAGGCGUGGCUGUCGGCGGUUUGUUGCUGGGUGCAACAGCUCGAUACAGAGCAAAGCAGCCAGAAUAUACAGCAACAGCAGCAGCAGCACGGGCCCUGGGGCCUCUCUGCUGCCUUGGAGGCGUUUUCACUGUGCCUGCAGCGCAUCUCAGGGGGCAGGGUUUUCUCUGCUUUGUUGUGCGGAGUGAUUGCUGACGAGGUGGAGACUCUCCAGCUGUCUACAGAGUGCGUGGUGGCAAUCAUUGCUGCUACGUCGUUGCUGGAGGAGUCCACAGCAGCAGCAGCAGCAGCAGCAGCGGCGGCGGCGGCGAAGAACGGCAGCGGGACAAGCUUCAGAGACGGCCCCAUAAAACCCAACCCUCCUGCGGAGACAUCUGAGGGAAGAGACAGCAAGGACGCCGUUUGUCGCUCGCUGAUUGCUGCAAUUGUGAAGGCCUACGGCGACGGCUGCACAGCAGCGCUGGCUGCAGCAAGAGGACAACCGCGAGGCAUAGCUGCCUUUGAUAUUGAACGGUUGCAGGUGUUUGCGUUGGGCCUCACGGAGCUGGCGAAGGUGCAGAUUCCUCGGCUGUUGAUGGAUUUAGCAGAGGAGGAGGCGCGACUGGAGGAGGGAGAGGCAGGCAUUAGGCAAGGGGGAGAGGCCCUCCUCAACCUUCAGCCUGCUAUAGAGGCCAUCUGUGAGCUUCCCAGGGCCCUGCUGCAGCACCCUUCUUUUGAGGUUAAGGAAGUAGGCCUAGCUUUCUACCGCAACCUUCUCAACCACGUAGUCGUCCUUGUCGAGGAGGAACGGCGUCUCAGCGCCUGGAGAGACCACCUGCGCAGCGAAGCAGCAGCAGCAGCUGCUGCCGCUGCUGUUGCUACGGCAGGCAGUGUACCCGGCGCAGCAGCAGCAGCAGCAACAGCAGAGGCUGCCGGCGGGAGGAAAGACCCAGCAGAAGCUCUGGCUGAGGUGGAGCGUCGUUAUGAACGCAGUAUUGAAUCCCUCGCACUCCGAGAGCCUGUGCUCUCUCGUAUCUUUCAACCCUUUGCGGAGGCAGCAGUGCUGCAGCUGAGGCCCCCAGUGGGGGCCCUCUUGCGGGAGGAGAUGGAGUUUGAGGCGUGGCAGAACUUUCGUGCAGAAACUGCUGCACGCCCUGACGCGCUGCUGGAGGUGGAGGCGCGUCUGUACUUUGUCUCCGCAAUUGCUAACCGCAUUCGAAUGAAUGUGCCGCCAGGAGGCACAGAAGGAGACGACAGUAACAUCAGCAUCAGCAACAACAGCGCGAAUGCAGCAAGCCCCUCCACAGACCCCCGCAACGACAACUUUCUGCUGCAACUUCUCCCGCUGCUACCGCAGAUGGCUUUGCUGGCCUCGCAAGACGGUCCUUCUGGCCCCCCUGUGGAGAUCACUGAGCGAGAGGCCCUGACGCUCUUCUUGCAUGCAGCAGCAGCCCGAGCUAUAUCUUGGCUGUCUGGGCGUGUGCUGCCGCAGCACCAGGAGUUGUUUGCUCCUCUCUUUUCUCUCCUGGUCACUCGCGCGUUGCAGUUCGUAGCGUCUCUGCCGGAGGCGGCUAAGGAUUCGAACGCUUCUCUGUUGCGCCUGUCUACUGAGGCGCUGCUUGUUGAGGGCCUCUCUUCGCUUGUUGCUGCAGCUGCGGGCUUCAUUUCCUCCCCGGGCAGGGAGGAGGACGUGCAUGCGCUGCUCCAUGCCCUCAUAGAGGCGUUCUCCAGGCACGCCCCUCUGCGCGCCUCUCAGAUAGCCAAGCUAGCGACGCAUGCACCCGCUGCUACUUGUUAUAGCCUCGCGGGAUACGUCAUCUCCUGCCUCGACGCUCCUCGCAUUCGCGUGCUCUUUGCACAGCUUCUUGAAUCACUAGGGAGCGAACUCGACCGGUCGCUGUCGGACCCCAGCUGCCCCAGCAGCACGAUAAAAAGGAACUUGGGGCUUUUCUUCUCGGCUCUGCAGUCUGUACAACCAGCUGAAGACUUCUUGCCUCCUCCGCCUUCUCAGUCCUUCGAGCCUCUGAGCCCGCGUAGUCCCUACCGGCAUCCCGUCUUAGACGCGGUGGAGACGAGCUGGCCGACGAUAGAGAAGGCAAUGACGCAAGGCCCUCGAACAGAAUUUCUUUACGAAGUCUCUUGCUACUCCUUGGUGGCCCUCUGCGCAAACUGCAGGGCCCACAUUCCCCGCUACCGGGUGUUUUAUUCUUUUUUGCAUGCACUCUGCUGCACCUUCGCGGACUGCCCCACAGUCUACCACUUGGGGGCCCUGCGCUCUCUUCAAGGCAUCUUCUCUAAUGCCCAAGAGGUUUGCGUGCGUCGUGCUGUUGCUGCUGCUCUCGAGGGCUGUGUGGGUGCAACUCUAAGCAAGAUCAAGGAGGAAGGCGAGAAGUAUAUGUACAGUCAGCCCGACAUUGUAGGGAUUUCUGUGGAUUGUGUAAACGUCGCGUUGCUGCACCCUCUCAGUGCAGAAGCGAUCGUCUCUUCCUCGUGGUUUGAGGCCCUUUCUGUCUCUGCUAUUCAAUACACCCCAACCUGCCAUCAUCCAAAGGUCCUCCACACCUUUAUUGUUUUUCUGUCUCGCCUUGCCGCCUGGGUGGACCCGCCCUCAAUUCUGCACUGUUAUCAAGUUG